AUGCCUAGCAAAUUCGCAUUCGACAAGCCCAUGGGCGGCUUGAUCGCCCCCAAGGACCCGGCAGAGGAGGCUCGAUUCCGCAAUGAUUUUGUCGCCGCCACGGGAGAGUUUGUGGGGACAUUUCUGUUCCUGCUGUUCGCGUUCCUGGGACACUCGAUGGUAAGAAAGAAUCUUUUUUUGUGUGAGCUGAUAAUAAGGCCAUCAGUUCGAAGAAGUCCACUGACGCAGUUAAAAAAAGGCAAUUGCCGCGGCACCGGAUUCCGCUCCCGGAGGCAGCCAGAGCAGCACGACGACCAUCUACAUCUCCUUGAGCUAUGGGUUUUCGCUGCUGAUCAAUGCCUGGACGCUAUAUCGAGUCAGUGGAGGGCUCUUCAAUCCGGCUGUAACGGUCGGCUUGGUCAUUACUGGAAGCUUGGACUGGUGGAGAGGACUACUAUUCUUGCCUGUCCAACUGUUGGGUGCAGUAUGUGCUGCAGCGGUGGCGAGCUGUAUCAUUCCGGGCGAUAUCGCGGACGUACGAACGGCACUGGGACCCGGGGUUAGUGUUGCACAAGGACUCUUCCUCGAGAUGGUGAGUAGACCCCCAGCACCGCACCCAUGACGUUAGCUUAUUGGAGUAGUUCCUCACUGUAGAGCUCGUUUUCACAGUCCUCAUGCUCGCGGCGGAGAAACACAAAGGCACUUUCAUCGCUCCCAUUGGCAUUGGGAUAGCCUUAUUCGUGGCCGAAAUCGCGGGAGUCUACUACACCGGAGCGUCGCUCAACCCGGCGAGAUCCUUCGGGCCCUGCGUUGCUGCCGCAUCUUUCCACGGCUAUCACUGGAUCUACUGGCUUGGACCGCUCCUGGGCGCCCUCAUCGCCGGCGGUUAUUAUCAUUUCGUGAAAUUUUUCAACUACGAAGAAGCGAAUCCCGGUCAAGACAGCGCUGCCGGACAGCUUGGAUCGGAGUCUGCUUCCCAAGAUGAUUUGGAGAACACUGCGAGCGCGAGUAAUGGUGCCCACCGAAGGCGCGCUCCUGAUCCGCGAGACAGGACCGCGGGCGCGGAUUAUGAGCACCAUCAAUCCGGCCUUCAUCCAGGGUACGAAUAGCCGAGAUCUGGAUGAGACUUGCAGAGUUGUUGUACAUAAACGGCCAGAUGUGCAGUUGCAUGCCAGCUAUGGACGGAGAAUUGAGCCAAGCGAGCGUGAGACUUGCAAGGCGAUACACAAUGGUGAUUCUGCUAGAUCGUUCUGUCGUACACACUUUGCUAAGUGCAUUCGCAAUUGCCCGGAGCAAGACUGUUCAUCACACACGAAUCGCCCAUAGCUUUGCACUAGGAAAAAAAAUCUUAUGAGAAGCGUCAAAACGCAAAGAAUUUGUGUAUCUUACCGGCUCAGCACACUCGCAUGUGGUACCAGCAAGCUGCCCAGAAGUGAAUGUGCACACUUGGUUGUUGGCGUUGCAGGUCUAGGUCCGUCAGCCAUGGGCUUGGACUCUUAUAAAGGGACAAAUUUACUCACACCGCUGCCAAGAAUGACACGACGAGUGAUGUCGCGUUCGAUGGGACCGGCAAGGGUCAUACCGACCAAAGCAGUUGCGAUUAGACCGAGACAUGUGAGCUUCAUUGUGGAUGGGUGCAGUCGAGGAGUUUCCAGGGUGGUCAGUUAUGGUCCUGCAGACUUGCUCUUGAUUUUAUACCUCUGUUUCCUCAGUCUUUGGCUCACUAACGCCAAUCCUAAACAUCCACUCCAAUCAGCUGAUGGCCUUCACACACGAAGGACAUGUCCAGCUGGCUCUUCGGGGAAGCCGAUUUGCUCGCCCCAUGGGACAGCAGAUUGUCUCGAUCCUGCAGGAUCCGAGCUGGGCCACCAACAACUCCUCGGGUGGUGCAAGAAGGAAGGCUUCCAACAAGGCAAACGCCGUGUCCACUGAUCUCGAUCUGAUGAAUUGUAACCAGAGGGGCGGACUGACUAUUCCCUUCGAAUUUUCCAGAUCCAGCUGGACCCCGUCUAGCCUCCUGACACAGACAGAAUGACUUCGAGUCGAAUAUUUCCCGAUCCGGAAGGUAUCCGCGUCCCGUACGUCUGCCCAACUUCACAAUGGGAUGGCAUAGAUCUUUCCAGCCUCCUAUCCUUUCCACAUCACCCAAAAACCGGACCGGGAAGCUCUUUCCUACUACUGCUCAACGGCAUACGAGCCCGCAUUCGUACUCCAGGGUAUCUCACCGCCCGCCCCAUGGCCCGGGUCCUGUCAUCAUCAAUGCGUAUCCGGGAGUGCAUUUUUGCGUCGCAGGGCUAAAAAUCUGAAACGCAGGGCCUCGCGAAGAAGCGCUUUCUUUCGUGUUUGUAAUAUGAUGGAUUCCGCUGCGAUCCCGGUUACCACGCGUUCUUGGACGAAGGGCUUACGGGUUGCGGCGGCCUGCUUAGUGCCGCCCGGGCUUCAUGGUCUGGACAACGUCUCGGUCUCUGCCGUGAAUCAUCUCGAUCAAGUUUGCAACGCGAGCGUUCGAAGUCGUUGAGGUGGAGACGAACCCGGUGGUUCCUGCCCUGUGAUGAGAAUGCUCUCGUCAUGUUGCUGUUUUCCCUUCCUGCUGCUCACGACGUCCGCCCCCUCUGCUUUCCUCAAGUCGAGGCAUGGCAUGGCAUGGCAUUUCAUCUUCCCUCCCUCCCCGAUGGCCAGCACGCAGAAAAGUCCAUUGGUGCAAAAAGCGGACGUAUUCUUAGAAGAUCUACGACGCUGCGCAGAAUAUCCCCCAGCGGCACUGGCCGGGGGAUACCCACGUCUGCCAGCAUGGGACCCCGGGGCUGCCGGCAACCUUCGAGGCCGAGAUUGGUUCCAUCAUCAGCCCAACUUCACUCUUUUCCUUCUCCGCACAAGCCACAUCGUUCACAGGGCCUUCGAAGACGACGCUCGAAGAAAUCGAACGAGAGAGAUGUGUGCGGGAGCCAGCGAUGAUCAGCCUUUCUCGUCCAUACCUGAACCUCCCACUGGAAUCUUCAUUCUCUCUUUGUUGUAAUCCGCGCCCCUUUUUCGUGCCCAUCCACCGUCAUUAGCCCGAGAUAUCGCUCUUGCCAUGAGUGAGACCUAACAGCGUCCUCGCACGCAUCGGAGUUUAAUUCCCUCGCCCGUAGUGCCCGCGCCAACCUGGCAGCGACGGGGAUUGCAGCAAAUGGGACAGGGGAAGACGGACGGGAAGGCUCCCGUAUGUUUUACACAGGACGCUGUCAAAAGGUCGGCGGACCGUAAACGUAGCGCAGGUAGUAGGGCUGGGACAAGCAAAGACGAGGGGUUCCCUAAUGAACCCGCCCAAUGUAUCGCGAGGUCUUGGGGGUCGGUAUAUAUAUGUGCCUCGCCGUUCGUCUUGCUGUCCAGCCUGCUCUCUUGAUUUCUUCAGUCUCUAUUAAAAAACACAUUCUUCUUUGCCUUCCAGAAGCUCCAUUCUUUUACAUUUGAAAGAUUUUUCCAAGUCCCUCCUUUUUAUAACCAUGCGUUCCUCCAUUAUUGCAGCAGCCCUCCUGGGCGCGGCGGCUAACGCCCUCACCAUCCGUACGCAACAUCCCUCCCUUGAGAGCGCGAGUCUCGCAGAAUGAAUGUAGAGCUGACGAUGGAUCUUCUCUUUGUUACUGUUUUAGGCCAGAGCACCGUCUGCGGCGCCGACGGCACCACCAACUACACCGUCGUCAGCGGCGACACCCUCACCACCAUCGCCAAGAAAUUCACCUCGGGCAUCUGCGACAUCGCCAAGCUCAACGGCCUGUCCAACCCCAACCUCAUCACCGUCGGCGAGAAGCUCAUCAUCCCGACCAACUGCACCACGCCCGACAACACCACCUGCGUGCCCGCCGCGACCGAGGGCACCAAGUGGUGCGUCCCGGGUGUCGGAUCCACGUACGACGUGCGCCAGGGCGACACCCUCUCCUCCAUCGCCACCUCCUUCAACCUCACCCUCGCCGCGCUCGAGGCCGCCAACAAGCAGAUCCCCAACUUCGACGUCAUCUCCAUCGGCCAGAUCAUCAACGUCCCCAUCUGCCCGCACAGCCAGUGCACCGUGCAGACCUACUACAUCAAGUCCGGCGACAUCUUCUACGACCUCGCCCAGAAGUACGGCUCCACGUACGGCCAGAUCGAGGCCCUGAACGUGGGCGUCAACGUCACCGCCCUCCAGGUCGGACAGCAAAUCGUGCUGCCAUGGAACUGCAGGAACGUUACUUCCUCCGUUGCUAGCCUCGUGCGUACCGUCACCCUCGAAGAAUAGACAGUAUCUGAUGCCGCGCUCCUCCAGACAAAGCCGGAUGAUUGUUAAGUGCUGCAAGGAAACGGAACGCACUGGUUGCUGGGUUUCAGAGAUCGUGUAUAACUGCAUACCAUGUAUCGUUAGCAUAAUCGACAGCACGUCCUCGUCGACAUGUAUAAUUCAAAAAGCGUACAAUAUCACGCCAUCACCAUUCUUCGACCUUCAAACGCGUUCAGACACCUUCGUGAACGACUCAUCAGCCCCAUCUCUAGAGGACUUCCGCGCCACGUCUCUUGUGUACUAUCAUCCCAUCGCCAGAGCACAAUUCUUCCCGAACACUCCUGCUUUUACACUCACCUCAUCAGUCUCCCCGAUCUCGCCCUUCAAAUUCACCAACUCAGGCCUCAAAGGUCGGAACGUAGUCCGAUGCACAACUUUCCGUCCCACAAACAAUAUCAGCGUUGAGAAAACCAUACGAUGACUAGACACAAACGUACUAGCUUUCCAACACCCAGGCAAGAAACCCGUAUACCCGCCCGAAAUAGCCACAAUAGCCGCAACAUAAGGUUGUCCAAAUGUUUUACGAGGCAACGAAUUCCGGGGAAUGUUUUGGGCUUUGAAAGCACGCAUCCAAAUGAGGAAAGUGACCCAAAUGAAAGGAGUUUCUUGCUCGUCUGUUGGCCUUGAGGUUGGCCGACCUGAUAGGAUUGAGCUCGGUUUCCAAGCCCAGUGUUGCUCACCAGAAGCUCCGCGAUGUCUUGGUCUGCAAAACAAGGCGCUCGGAGCACGCAAGCGACGAGCGUGUCGUGUAGGGGGUCUGCAUAUCACUGAUGCUUCGCACUAAAUGAUUGGUGAGAAGGCAGAGCAGUCUGCGAAUUCUUAGGAUUGCGUCUGCCCAAAUUGGUAGGUCAUAGAUACAAGAGAAGGAAACAACAACAGACCGACGAACGAAUCAUCUCCCGGGGUGAAGCUCAUACCAUCCAUCUUCGCGGUCCUCGGCCCACGCGCCUUCGGUCUCCUCGUCUUCAACCAGAAACGCCCCAUCGGCCAGCAGCGUCCAGUCGUGGUCUUCUUCCGCCGUCGGAGUCAAGGCCCAGGACGUACCAUGGUCCUCAGGCUGUGCAUCGUGGAAGACUUCCUCCACGGGUGCGUGUUUGGGCUCCUGUUCGAAGCGUUGUUUGAUGUCCUGUCUGGUAUCCUGCUCGUGCUCUUGUUCGGGCUCUGUCAGGGGAAAGAACCUUGAUUUCUUUCUGCUCUCGAAGUUUGACGGCAUCGAUGACUCAGGAAGACGCGACAGGUCCCAGAAUUUGGGCAGCUCUCCAGCCCACACGCCGUUGUGUGUGCGUGACGGGAUCGGCGGGCACCAGCUUGGCACUCCCUUGCAUACAGGCGCCGGUGUUGGGGGUGUGUAGGCUGACGGAGCGAAGAACUUGGAAAAGUUACGAAGGUCCAAUUGACCAAGGUUGAGCGGGGGAAGUUGAGGUGGCGGGGAAGGCGAACGGACGAGCGCGGUAGAUGGCUCAAGAACAGACGGUGUAGCAAACGUGGGAGGCGGAGGCUGGACAUUGAUUCGUGGUAGCGGCUGAAAGUUGGCGCGGGUCAAUGUGUCGUCAAACUCCUUGGUCAACUUGGCGUCAAGGAAGUGGGCUGCCAGCUUCCUCCCAUUCCGUCUGGCAUCACGCCGCCGCUUUGCUUCUCUGGUGACGCGACCGUGUCGAUUGCGGCGUCGUGGAAGGGAAGAAGAAUACUCUCGGUCUCGCGUCAUGGUGGGCGAUGGCGGUGCCAGAACACCGAAGCGGUUGCAUAGAUGAAGGUCAGCGAGAGAUGUCUGUUUCAAAGGACAAGCGAGGUACUGGAGUGAGAAUCUGGGCGAUGAAAGCUCAGAUCGGGGCCGCCGGCGCAGGAAUCAAGACCAGCCUCGACCAUGUCCCAAGUGGAGCCGCGGCGAUUGAGGUCGUGAUGUCGGAAAGCAUUCUGAUGGCGGAGGAGGUGGUGAGGCUGGGUCAG